CGCCUCCCGCCCCCCGCAUUGCUGAUGCUGCUGCUGGCAGACAUGGACGUGGUGAAUCAGCUGGUGGCCGGGGGUCAGUUCCGGGUGGUCAAGGAGCCCCUUGGCUUCGUGAAGGUGCUGCAAUGGGUCUUUGCCAUCUUCGCCUUUGCCACAUGCGGCAGUUACACUGGGAAGCUCCGGCUGAGCGUAGAGUGUGCCAACAAGUCCGAGAGUGAUCUCAGCAUUGAGGUUGACUUCGAAUACCCCUUCAGGCUGCACCAAGUGUACUUUGAUGCACCCACCUGCCGAGGGGACACUGACAAAGUCUUCCUGGUGGGAGACUACUCCUCAUCAGCCGAAUUCUUUGUCACAGUGGCCGUGUUUGCCUUCCUCUACUCCAUGGGGGCUCUGGCCACCUACAUCUUCCUGCAGAACAAGUACCGAGAGAAUAACAAAGGACCCAUGAUGGACUUUCUGGCCACGGCAGUGUUCGCCUUCAUGUGGCUGGUUAGCUCAUCAGCAUGGGCCAAGGGGCUGUCAGAUGUGAAGAUGGCCACUGACCCAGAGAACAUUAUCAAGGGGAUGUCUGUCUGCCAUCAGACAGGGAAUACAUGCAAGGAGCUGAGGGACCCUGUGACCUCUGGCCUCAACACUUCAGUGGUAUUCGGCUUCCUGAAUCUGGUGCUCUGGGUCGGCAACCUGUGGUUCGUGUUCAAGGAGACAGGCUGGGCCGCCCCAUUCAUGCGCGCACCCCCUGGCGCCCCUGAGAAGCAGCCAGCGCCCGGGGACGCCUAUGGCGAGGCGGGCUACGGGCAGGGCCCCGGCGGGUACGGGCCCCAGGACUCCUACGGACCCCAGGGUGGCUACCAGCCCGACUACGGGCAGCCCACCGGCGGCGGUGGUGGCGGCUACCCACAGGGAGACUACGGGCAGCAAGGCUAUGGCCCUCAGGGUGCGCCCACCUCCUUCUCCAAUCAGAUGUAGUCUGGUCAGUGCAGCCCGGGAGGACCCCAUGGGUGGGCAAGAGCUCAGAAGCCCUGCCCCCCUUCCCACCCCUACACCCCAGGUCUCCGCCCCUCAAGCCAGGAGACUCUAACUCUCUUUGCUGUUUAUAUAUAUAUAUAUUAUAUAUAAAUAUCUAUUUAUCUGUCUGAGCCCUGCCCCCACUCCACACCCCUCAUGCAUUAGGGGCCUGACCUUGAGUGGGCCCCUCUCCUACCCCACUGCUUCCCUUGCAUCCCUUGGCCCCUCUCUGUUCUCUGGCCCUGUGCCCUGAGGUUGGGGGACUCUGAAAGGGGGACAGGGAAAAAACGGAUUUCAGCUAUGUGGGGAGGGUGGGUGUGACUUCAGAUUCUCUCCCCUCUCUCCCUUCCCUUCUCCCAACUUGGCCUGGAUUCCUCCAGCAAUGCCUGGACAGGGGCCAUUAGGGGAAAUUCAACCCUGAGAGGGGAUAAAGGUAGACUGGUGGACUUGAGAUGCAAGGUGGACUUGGAGAGGAGCUCUGGGGUGGAGAGGACUAGUCAGCCAUACUGGAUCUGGAGUCAGAAGAAGGAUGCCCUAGGGCAUUCUGGAGUGGGUCUUGGAAGGAGGCUGAGGGCAUGGUUCUAGAAUGGGUGGAGCCUUGAGUGAGGCAGGGCUUGGGCCUCAAGAGUGGGCAGGGUUUGGAGUAGGACAGGAUUUUGUGUAAGGGGUGUGACUUGGAACCUGGAGACUGCAUUUGGAAGAUCAUUGAGGGCAUGGUUCUAGAGGGGUGGGGCCUGAAUCAGGUAAUGGGGAAGGCUCCAAAGUGGGAAGGUCUUGUGUUGGGACAGGUCUAUGGAAGGGGUGUAACUAGGAACAUUCAGGAGAAUGAGUUUGAUUCUAAAGGGGAUAGAUCUUGUGCAAGGGAAGAAGUGGGAUUCAGGAAUGGGCUAAGCUUGAGGUGAGGUCAUGGUCUGGGUUCUAGGCAGGGCAGGGCUUAGAGUGGGUGUUCAUGGUGGUUUCAGAAGGGGCAGCCCACCCUAAUGGAGCAGUGAAAAAAUAUGUUUUAGAGUGGGCAAGUUUGGCAGUUGGGGGGGGGGCAGGAAUAUCCCUGGCCAAAGCUGGGGACUGAACUGGCCUGGGAGGAGCUAAGAGGUAUAGCUUGGAGGGUAAGGGGUGGGACCCAGAGAGAAGCAUCCUCCACACCCUUGCCCACCCCCAUGAUGGGACAGCUAGGUAAUCAGAGGACAGAGCCAACAGGUCUGUGGGGCCAGCCCACCCUUCUUCCCCUUUCCUUGCCUCCUCCCUCCUUCCAUACCCCCACCCAUCCUGGGGUGGUUGGAGACCCGGUCUGGAGUCCCUAUCCUGCACCCACUGCUGUGUCUGUGACGUCGGUAGUGCCUGUGAUUGUGUGUUGCCACUUUGUCUGGCUGUGGUCCCUCCCCCUCUCCUCCAGACACCCACCCUUUUCCUUGCCCUUCAGUAUUGUUUGAAGACCUCCCCAAGGAAGAACAAAUAGGAUUAAUUCUCCUCCCCUAAAUAAACUCCUCAACCACCUAGUCCACCCG